CAGGAAUUACUAUUACUGGUGUAAGGACAUUGGUGUGAAGACAUCAUAGUGAUAGUUCCCCUCAAUCGCCAGAACAAACUCUACAAGAGAUGGAGGACACUGAGCCAUGGUAUUCUCAGCAAGUGUAUGCAAGAUACUGGAAGCACUAUGACUUAGCCAUGCGCUGGAUGCGUAGACACCAGAAAGCCUACAGGAAAGCAAUUGAGUCCUUUUAUCGCCUACCGUGGCAUCCUUCUGCAGCCUCUCCAAGUAGCCACUACUCAGAUUGGGAUGGGAAUGACCUCCCACAUACCCAAAACUAUUCUUCCAGCUAUAGCCCACAUGGCAGAGCUCCAUACUGUGGGAGAGCUCAGCAGUACACAGAUGUCCACCAAGGGACGGAGGAUGCUGACCAGGACUCCGAGAUGGAGGAGGACUCUGAGUCUGAAGGGGAGAUAGAAUAUGACUUGAGUAACAUGGAGAUCACAGAGGAGCUUCGCCAGUUUUUUGCACAGACAGAGAGGCACCGGGAAGAACUGCGGAGACAGCAGCAGCUGGAAGCUGAGCAUCAAUAUGUGGAGGCUGACCAAGACCUUCACAAAAGGAUGGGGCGUUCUGUAGAGCCGCCUGCAGAAAGACCUGGGGAGAGGCGAAUGGCAGAAAUGAAGAAACUGUACGGUGCUGAAGCUGACAAGAUCCAGGCAAUGGAGGCUGCCAUGCAGCUUAUCUUUGAUAGAAACUGUGACAAAAAGCAGCCCAAAUACUGGCCCAUUAUUCCCCUUAAGCUGUGAGUUACCUGGACUGUGCUCUGACCUGGCACAGAGACGUAGGGUCGGGUGCCUCAGUAAGGUUGUGCUGCUGAAAGAACAAACUGCAAAUUUUGGUUUUGAUUGGGCUCUGGGGCAGGCGCCAGCAAGGGCAGCGUGUUUCUUUGCCCUGUGUUCUUUUUAGACUGUCUGUCAGCGAUGGUCACAGUCCAUUCUACCUACAUACACCUGCCAAGUAGUAAUAGGAGGGCAAUAAUAUCAAACCUGUUUAAAGUCAUAGUUUCACUCAUUUGAUUAUCUGCCUGCCUUGACCACGCUUGCAAGAAACCUAACAAUGUCUACACUCAGUGCUGGGAAAACUUAAAGGAAUGCGAAAAAGGAAAAGACUAUACGAAUUGUCUGUUCUUCUCGUUUAGGAAAUUGAGUAGUCCCAUUUUUCAGACUUGUUUAACAUAGUAGCAUUUGGAUCCUGUUUAAAACAGCACAGUUUGAAGUGUUAUGUCUGCUGAUCUUGGACUUAAAGAGAACUGGGAACCCACUGGCCAAGAUACGACAUAUCAAAUUACUGUAGCCCAGCCAUUUGAAUUCUUUUUCAAAGGUUUAUUAUAAAGCAGGAAGUUUUUCUUCCCAAAUGAUACUUGUCUGGCAGGAGUUCCAUUCUAAAGCAAAAUUAUAUUGAAAAAUGUUUUAAUGAAGGGGGUGGGGGAGAAGCCUGAUGUGGCCCUGUCUGUUAAGAGAUCUGUUUAGCAGAAGAGAAACUUAAGAGGACAAAGCACUCUGAGGGCCAGUGCCUACAGUGAUUUUUGCCAUUCUAAUAAAAAACAUCUAAUUGGUUUGAAGCUUUAAACAAGACUCACUAGUUUGAUAGACUAAGGGUACCUCUGUAUGCUGUAUAUGGAGGUGUGGAAGCCAUGUAGCCCUGAGGGCUAUGUUUAUUUUAGGUACAGCUUUCCAGUGGCCACCUGCAUGUUAUAUGCACAAAGCUUAAACAUAGGCAAGUUAGAUGUGCUUCUGUGUGUACUUAUGCAUCUGCACAGGCUGUUUGGCUCUACUUCUGUCGCUCUUUGGUUUUGGUCAGUUGUGCUUGCCCCACUAAUAGCUGGCCAGGCAGAGUGAGGCACAUAGGUGGUGUGUGUACGAGAGGCAGAAUUGGCCCCUCAAUGCUGGUGACUCCUUAGAAAAUGGUAACCUGAACGCUUCCAAGGACUUUCUGUGAAGCACUGCAGCUACGUAUUAUUGUGUGCUGAAGGGCUGUGGUUUGUACGAAGCAUCAUUUCCAAGCCAAGGCAAAGGAACCUUAUGCCAUUUUAAUUGUGUACAUUAUUAUUAUGCCAUUAUUAUUAUGAUGAUUAUGCCAUUUUAAUUGUGUUUAAUUUACACUGUGUCUGGUGUAUCUCUGUAGCAUGUGUAGUUUGUAAUCCACACCAGCAGUUGCUGUGCCCUCUGCAGCAGCCAGCUGCACCAAAGCAAUUCUGCAGUGCAAUUUGGAAUAUCUUUGGUUUUACUUGUAGUUACUAUGUUUCCUCAAAGCAACUUUUUCAUUUCAGUUCCACCUCCUUCACUUUAGAUACGAUGAGAUGGAGUUAAACUGAACACUGAAACCUAAGACGCCCAGUCUCCAAGGCUUGUUACUGGUGUGACCAACCUGAAAAGCUGGUGUGAGAUAGGAGAGGGAAAAGGGUUAUGAACAGUCCUGCAUUUGUCUUCACUCUUGGUUUUGGUGGGUUUUGUCAGA